AUGGAAGGUGAAGGAAUAUCUGAAAAAAAUAUAAGAAUGUCCAACAUAACAAGAACUAAAUCAGUAAGACUAAUCGAUUAUGAAGGAUUUCCAGACCAAGCAAUUGAUGCAGAAUGCGACUUAAUAGAAGAGGCAAUGAUGGUUGAGUCAGAACCAAUUAAUUUGAAUCAACUCAUGGAUGAUUCAAAUUGGUUGGCAACUAUGCAAGAAGACCUUAGAGCAAUUGAAAGAAACAAGACCCGGGAGCUCAUAGACAUAUCAAGCAAGAAACCAACUGAUAUGAAGUGGAUUUAUAAGUUGAAACUUAGAAAAAAUGGUGAGAUUUCUAAAUAUAAGGCCAAACUAGUGCCAAAAGACUUCAUACAAAAGGCUUACACUGACUUUAAUGAAGUCUAUGCACCUAUUGCAAGAUUGGAAACCAUUAGAAUUGUUAUGGCUACUCCAACAUACCAAGAAUGGAAGAUGCACUAA